AUGCCCCUCGUUGUACCCGGAAUGCUCAAUACCAACGACGCCCAAGGCAGCAAGGAGGAAUGGAUGUCCAAGCUCGCAGGGAAGAAAAUCAGCGACUCGACAAGUGAUGUCAACUCGUUCUCCAAGAAGGAUCUUCCUGAAUCCCAUCGCAUUCUGAAACCCGGUGAUGCCAUGACCAUGGAUCAUCGACCCGAUAGGCUGAAUGUUCAUUUGGACCAGAGUGGAAUUGUACAUGAUGUGAACUUUGGCUAG